AUGGCAGGAGGAGAUAAAUUUACAAAAAUAGACUUAAAACAAGCUUACUUACAGAUGGAAGUUCGUGAAGAAGACCGCGAGUUAAUAACAUUGAAUACACAUAAAGGUCUUUUUAGGAGCACUAGGCUCGUGUACGGUAUUGCAUCCGCGCCUGCAAUUUGGCAGCGCGAGAUAGAGAACAUAUUACAGGGAAUUGACGGUAUUUCCAUUCUCUUGGACGAUAUUAGGAUUACCGGUCCUAAUAAUGAAAUUCAUCUCAACCGUCUCAAGCAGGUGUUGCAACGUCUAGCUAAUGCUAAUAUACGCAUCAACGAAGAGAAAAGUGAAUUUUUCAAAGAUAGUAUAGAAUAUUGCGGAUACAGAGUUGAUAAAGAAGGUAUACAUAAAACGGUUGGAAAAAUGCAGGCAAUUGACCAGAUGCCACGACCCAAAAAUGUAACAGAGUUACGUUCCUUUUUAGGAAUGGUUAACUAUUAUGGCCGUUUCAUAAAUAAUUUAAGUACAAUUCUUACACCGUUACAUACUCUUUUACAGAAGGACAUUCCGUACAAAUGGUCGCGUGAUUGCGAACAAGCCUUCCAAGAGGCUAAACGUCAGUUUAAAAGCGACACAGUAUUAGUACAUUUCGAUACGAAGUUACCGCUCAUUCUGGCUACGGACGCAAGCCCUUACGGUGUCGGGGCAGUCCUAUCACAUCGUUAUUCCGAUGGCACGGAGCGUGUUAUACAGUAUGCGUCACAAACUUUAACGGAUACGCAGAAAAAGUACGCGCAAAUAGACAGAGAAGCUUAUGCGAUAAUAUUUGGAAUCCGAAAGUUUCAUCAAUAUUUAUACGGGAGUAAGUUUACUCUCUACAGUGACCAUCGGCCUUUAGUACAAAUUUUUUCACCUUCCAAGGCCUUACCUACGUAUACAGCAUUAAGAAUGCAACAUUAUGCAGUUUUCCUUCAAGGAUACAAUUUCGAGAUUAAAUACAAGAAUUCUGAACUUAAUGGUAACGCCGACUGUCUAUCACGCUUGCCUAUCGGUUGCGAAUCUACUGCAAAGUACGAUGUAGUGGAUAUCUACGAGUUGGAAAUAUUACAGAAUAUGCCAAUCUCGGUAGACAGAUUAGCACGCGCUACUAGCGAGGAUACACAAUUACGAGAAAUAUUAAAUGCGUUACGAAAUAAACAAAAUAUUCCUGCAAAAUUACGUUUCAAUAUUAAUCAGGCUGCGUUCAGCAUCCAACAGGACAUACUUUUAUGUAAUGGAAAAAUUGUUAUACCGAAUUCAAUGCGUGAACAAUUACUGCAAGAGCUUCAUAAGAAUCAUUUUGGUAUUGUCAAAAUGAAGGCACUGGCGAGAAAUUUAUACUGGUGGCCUAGUCUCGAUCGCGCUAUUGAAGAAAUAGCAAGAACUUGUAGUAUUUGUAAUACAUACCGAAACGAUCCACCUAAAGUGGAGGUACACGAGUGGGAACCUGCAAAGGCAUCUUUCGAAAGAGUACACGUUGAUUACGCGGGACCUUUUAUGAAUACGUACCUGUUCGUAUUUGUGGACGCUUUUUCGAAAUGGCCUUUCGUGUACCCAGUCAAAGAUAUGACCGCGAGUACGACUAUUCGAGUAUGCAGGGAAAUUUUUACAGAUUUCGGGUUGCCAGAAACAAUGGUGAUGGACAACGGACGUAACUUUAGAUCGUCCGAAUUCCUAAGAUUCCUGACGACUUGUGGAAUCAAACCUUUUACAGCACCUUACCAUCCGUCUACCAACGGACAGGCAGAACGUUUUGUGCAAACUGUAAAAAGUUCCCUACGCAAGAUACUUACCGACCCGAGAAAUAGAGGACUAAGUUUAGACGAUGCAUUACGUACCUUUCUUGUGCAAUAUAGAAUAACCCCCCAUUGCGUCACAGGGGUGGCUCCGGCUGAACGGAUGUUCAAACAUCAAAUGCGUUCACGUUUUACAGUUAACUUGUCAAAGGAACCAAAAAUUGUUACAAGCGUUAAUGUAGAUAAGAAGUUUCGAGAAUUUUCGGUGGGGGAAACGGUGCGAUGCCGCAAUUACAGUGGUCCACUUAAGUGGAAACGCGGCAAAAUUAUCUAUCGUACAGGGAAGCUACACUACCGAGUUAGACUUGACGACGGCCGAAUUUGGGAGCGGCAUGUAGAUCAACUUCUCCGUUCGGGAGAAUAUAGGGACCACUCGGGAGAACCGGGAACAGAGAUGGACGUAAAUCCACCCGAUGUGAUGGAGGAGCGUGAGAAUGAGACAAUACCACAAAAUGUUGGCGAUGCAGAAGUACGGUUGCCGGCCGAACCGGCGGAAGGUUCACCACCUCAAAUAGAGGAAGCUCCAGAGCUCCAGAGCCUGUACAAAGAAGGGUACUUCCGGAGCGAAAUAGGAGGCCGCCAACACGGUUGGCAGAUUACUGUUAGUGCGAAAACGUUCUAG